CGUGAUGUGAUGAAUUAAUAGAUUUGCAGCUGAGAAAGAGGUCAAUAAUCUAUGAGAUUUCUUUCGAAAAUCCAUCGAGAUCCUCCAGAUAACUGCUGCUGGUUAACUGAAGUGGCAAUAAAAAAAGGGGAAUCUGCUGUCGGAAGUGAUGAUAGUUUGCCUGGAAUUGUGAGUUGAAGCCAGCUGUUUCAUUAAUAGAACCCCUCUCAUGCUCAUUCUGUGCGAGUGUAUCUUGUGGAUCAGUCUGCUGGGAAUGGUUGUGCAGUAAAUAAAGCCCCGGAGACACUUGGCGCGGUGUCAGGCAGUGUAAAUACUCUUAAUUGUGUGACUAUGAUUUUUCUCUCCACUCUCACAUUUUAGUCAUAGUAUUGUUAUAUUGGACUUAAGGUAUAAACUCUUAAUGUAUUCCACUCUCCAAAUCAGUUGCUCUGUCUUUUUUCACGCGAUCACACUGUGACUGUUUUUCCUUUAAACCAAUCUCGCGCUCUCACUCAGCUAUCGUCAGUUUGUUGGCCGGGAAAAAUAAAGCACAAUAAAAAUAAGAGAGAAGAUUUUCUACUGGAGUCUGUGUGUUAUCUGUGCCAGAGUGAUUAAAAAUGCACAGCACUUUUCUGUGUCAAUUUAUUUUUUUUGUAAUGUAUGAGGGAUUAGUAGUCCCAGAAAAGACUCCACUUGUAUAAGAUGGUUUGUGUCUUAUCCUAUAAUAAAGUGAAAAAUUUUCCCGGAACCGCACUCCUAUAGCCCGCCAAUUUUUAAUCAAAGGGAUUGUGUGAGUGUAUAUGGCAAAAGAGGAGUAAGAAAAGGACAAAUGCUGGAGGACUUCACCCCUCGUGACAAUAUUCACACACAAAAAUCGAUUUACAAUCACAACGCAUGCGUUCACGAGGGCUGGAAAAGAAUCUCUCUGGGUUGUUUUGGAAGGGCUUGUUUCGAAAGAAGAAAAAAUCCAAAUCAGUGUGUGUUUUUCAUCGUUAAAAACUGCCCCAAAAUCCACCCACAUUUCACCUCAAUUGGAGACAACUGGAGCAGGCAUUUGAAAAAUGCCAGUGAAUUGUUCAGUGAAUUGAUGCCAAUUAGUGUUUUUAGAAGAUUCUGACUGAUACAAGAGUUAACUAAAAAAAAUGGCUGGCAUAAAAAGCUACAGUAUGGACAGGGAGAGGGACUACAUUGGAUUUGCAACCCUCCCUGAACAAGUGCACCGUAAAUCCGUAAAGCGAGGCUUUGAGUUCACCAUGAUGGUGGUUGGAGAAUCAGGCUUGGGCAAAUCCACCCUCAUCAAUAGCCUCUUCCUGGGUGAUCUCUACAAAAAUCGCGUGAUCCCAAAUGUGGAAGAGCGCAUAGAAAAAACCACCCGAAUCGAGAAGAAAACCAUGGAUAUUGAGGAGAAGGGAGUGAGGCUGAGGCUAACCGUUGUGGACACUCCCGGUUUUGGGGAUGCCGUCAAUUGUGACGAUAGCUGGCGCGUAUGUUCAGCUUAUAUUGAGGAACAAUUUCGGCAGUACUUCACGGACGAAAGUGGCCUCAAUAGGCGCAACAUCCAAGACAAUCGCGUACACUGCUGCCUCUAUUUUAUCCCACCUUAUGGGCACAGCCUGAGGCAGAUGGAUUUGGAGAUGCUGCGUCGGCUACAUCGAAAGGUGAACAUUGUAUUGGUGAUCGGGAAGGCAGAUACACUCACGCAGGCCGAAGUGAAGAAGCUCAAGGAGCGAAUUUUGGCUGAUCUCGAAGAGAACAACCUGCAGCUGUAUCAGUUUCCGGACUGUGACUCCGAUGAAGAUGAGGAAUUCAAGCAGCAGGAUAGGGAGUUGAAAGCAUGCCUCCCCUUUGCCGUAGUUGGCAGCAAUACGAUUCUCGAGGUGGCCGGCAGAAAGAUCCGAGGGCGACAGUAUCCAUGGGGAGUUGUUGAUGUGGAGAAUCCCCUUCACAGUGACUUCAUAAAGCUCAGGACCAUGUUGAUUUCCACUCACAUGCAGGAUCUCAAGGACACCACGCAGGAUGUGCACUAUGAGAACUUCCGGGCACAGUGCAUUUCGCAGAUUUCCCAGCAUGCCCUCAGGGAGCGCGGGAAGUUGAAGAGGGACUCUGUGGCAUCGGCAAAUGAGGCCAGCAUCACAGAAACCGACAGAUUGCUCUUGCAGAAGGACGAAGAGAUCCGUCGGAUGCAGGACAUGCUGACCCAAAUGCAGGAGAAACUCAAAGCGACCAACUUGGCGGAACUGAAAAAGAAUGACAGUGUGAUCGAUGUGUAAAACCCCCAUAGGGAAUUGCUAUAUUGAUAGACGCUCACAUUAAUCAUACAGAAAACUCUUAUUUAUCCCUGAAGUCACUAAAAUAUUUAAGAAAAAUCUCGCGCAAAUUAGUGGUUAAAGUGCAUCACCAUUAAAACACAUUUAAAAUGUACUUCAAACGCAAAACAAAAAUUUAGCCCAUUUGUCAUUCUUACCAAGGAUAAUACUUAGGACCGAAAAUCAAACAAUUUUCUACCACAAAUUAUCCAAUUUUUCGUGUGAUUUUUUUUUAAAGAAAGGACAUUACUUUUGGUGAAAUUUUGCGUUAAAUUUUACAUUAUAAAAUAUACCUCUUAUUCUUAUUUUCUUUCAGCAUACAAACCAGCGAAAGCACAUAUUUAUAAUUUUUAGAGAGUUUACAAGAAUGACUUGUAGUGAUUGUUAAAGUUAGAACAAUUUUGAUUUUAUUGAGAGAUUAAUAAACGGUCGAAAAAGUAGAAGAAA